AAUGAAGAAGCUGUUAACUCUGAAACAGAUACAGCGAAAGGCUGAUAUAUAAAGGGACACCAACUGCCAUUUGCCAGAUCCUCAACCCUCCUUGACGCACGUUAACGCUUAACAACCAGAGAAUUCUUCAAAACAUCUUCUAAAAAUGGCAAAGAUUUUCAAGAAGACCAGCGGAAACGGAGGGCUCACCCUCUACUUGGGGAAGAGAGACUAUGUGGACCAUGUGUCUGCAGUGGACAGAGUUGAUGGAGUUGUUAAGGUGGACACAACAGAUUUCGGGGACAGAAAAGCUUUCGUGCAGUUGGCCUGUGCCUUCCGUUACGGCAGCGAGGACCUGGAUGUUAUGGGAUUGUGCUUCAGGAAGGACAUUUGGUUUGAGCAAAUACAGAUCUACCCUGAGAGCAACAAGCCCCAGCUGAGCGCCAUGCAUGAGACCCUGCUGAAGAAGGCAGGAGACAACGCUUACCCCUUCUCCUUUGAGAUUCCCAACAACCUGCCGUGUUCAGUCUCUCUGCAGCCUGGUCCUGAUGACAAGGGAAAGGCUUGUGGUGUUGACUUUGAGGUGAAAACCUACUUGGCCAAGGAGAAGAACAACCCAGAUGAGAAGAUUGAAAAGAAGGACACCGCUCGACUUGUCAUCCGUAAAAUACAGUACGCCCCUUCCCAGGUAGGGGCAGGCCCCAAGGCCGACCUCUGCAAGAGCUUCAUGAUGUCCGACAAGCCUGUUCACCUAGAGGCAUCCAUGGAGAAAGAUCUCUACUUUCAUGGAGAAUCUAUCCCAAUUAAAAUUAAAAUCAACAAUGAGAGCAACAAAACAGUGAAGAAAAUCAAAGUCAGUGUGGACCAAACCACCGACAUUGUCCUCUACUCAGCGGACAAAUACACAAAGAGUGUUCUUUGCCAGGAGUUUGGAGAGACGGUGGAGGCCGGUGGAACCUUUGAAAAAUCUCUUACCAUCACCCCAGUGCUGUCCGAUAACAAGGAGAAAAGAGGCCUGGCUCUGGAUGGACGGCUGAAGGACGAGGACACCAACCUGGCCUCUACCACCAUGCUGCGGCAGGGUGUGGAAAAAGAGGUGUUGGGUAUCCUGGUUUCCUACAAGAUUAAAGUUAACCUCAUGGUGGCCGGAGGAGGCCUGCUGGGCGGCCUUACUGCCAGUGAUGUCACCGUGGAGCUUCCGCUUAACCUCAUGCACCCCAAACCUGAAGAGUAAAGACUCCACAUCGCUAGAAGAUGUUACCCUGCAGAUUGAGAAGACGCCCACAGGAAGACAAGAGGACGACCAAAGCAAAUGACGUUACACAAAGAAGAAAAACGUGACUGGUGUGAUGAAGGAAGGGGGAAAAUAUUUCAAUGCAGGGCAAAAGAAAAUGUUUUUUUUUUCCUCCUAGGUUAUUUUGUUGUUGUUUCUGUUAAUGUAGAUAAAGCAUAGCAGUUUACCUGUCUGUCUGUGUUUAAAACAAUAUUAAUGCACAAGACCCUUACUAAAACCUUCACAUAAUUGGAAUUUUCUUUCUCCAGUAAAAGUUUGUUUGAAACCAUUGUGCUUUUAAACACUGUGAUUCAAUUACCCAUAAAGGAAAAUAAAAUCACUUAAAAAAUA